AAAAAAAAAAAAAAAAAAAAAAUUUAAAAAAAAUUUUUUUUACAUAUACCUCGAUACCUCGAUCUUUUCCCCACCUUUUUAUUCCUUUAUUAUUCCUGUGACUUGACCUACCUUACAUCGGAACGCUCUCUUGUUCCUCACUCGGGUUUAUCUUUGAUAAACUCAAGAAGCCGAAAAUAAUAACUAGAGAACCUUACCUUAUUCCUUGUUACUAACGACUUUUUUUCCUUCAAAACGGAAAACGGGUUAUUUCCGUUAUUUUUCUUAGGUUAGGAAGUUUAAGACUACCAACAAACUUGACGUGUAAAAAAUGGCAAACGACACUCGUACAGGUAUUCAAGACCCAGCCGAAAUUAAUGGAACUAAUGUUCCUGCGGUCGCAGCCACAAAUAACGGUACUACCUCCUCCACCUCCUCCUCUCCUGCCCCCACAGCUCAUUCGCUUUUUGACACCCCUUUUGUUGCUUCAACCGAUCAAACUGCUACUACCGAGAUUAGCAGUGUUGAAGAAGAUAAUAAAGAGUGUACUAAUGAGGACGAGGCUGGAGAUAUAUCAAAUUCUCAACUUACCCUUAGGGCAUUGGUUUCUACAAAAGAAGCUGGAGUUAUUAUUGGCAAAGCUGGUAAAAAUGUCGCCGAAUUGAGAGAGAGUACUGGUGUUAAAGCCGGUGUAUCUAAAGUUGUUCAAGGUGUUCACGACAGAGUUUUGUCUGUCGCAGGUACCCUUGAUGGUGUAGCUAAGGCGUAUUCUUUGAUCGCACAAACCCUCCUCGAGAAUCCAGUGAAUGCAAGCCCUAAUUCAACUCCAAUUACUCCUCCACCUAAUGCAUUUACUUCUGUUCGUUUGCUUAUUUCCCAUAAUUUGAUGGGAACUAUUAUCGGUCGUCAAGGUGGUAAAAUUAAACAUAUUCAAGAUGUCUCUGGAGCUAGGAUGGUUGCUUCAAAGGAAAUGCUUCCUCAAAGCACGGAAAGAAUUGUGGAAGUUCAAGGAACUGUCGAGGCCAUCCGUGUCGCGGUAUGGGAAAUUGGCAAGUGUCUUAUUGAAGAUAACGAACGUGGUAUCGGGACGGUCCUAUAUAAUCCUGCCAUUAAAGUAACUUCAAGUUAUUCUACCUCUCGUCGUAAUGAUUAUACUACCCGUACUGGCAAUGGGACCGAUUUCAUUCGCCAACGCAAUGAUUAUCAUAAUAAUAAUCGUCGUCAAUCCAACAGUAAUAACAAUUAUGAUAGUAACACCAUUCGAACUCAAAAUAUUUCUAUUCCUGCUGAUAUGGUUGGGUGUAUUAUUGGCAAAGCUGGUUCCAAAAUUUCCGAAAUUCGCAGACUCUCUGGUUCUCGUAUCAGCAUUGCAAAGACGCCUCAUGAUGAAACUGGUGAGCGAAUGUUUACAAUCCAAGGAUCUCCCGAAGCCAAUGAAAAAGCCCUUUUCUUAUUAUAUAAUCAGUUAGAAAAUGAGAAAGAACGUCGUUUGAGUGCAAAUGCAAACGGAGGUGAUUCUGAUGCUUAAAACCACAUAUACUUGGCUGGUUGGUGGACGUUAUCUUCAAUAUUAUUACCAUUUUUUAACUCUGUCUUUGUCACGGAAAAAACUAAGAGAAAUUUGGAACGUAUUGUGUGCGUGUUCAUAUAUGGGGUGUGUGUGUAUAUGUAUGUAUAUAUAUUAUUAUAACGAGGAUUUCGCAAUAUAUAUUUUUACGAACAUUGGACUUUAUAUAGGAAAUUUUUUUUUAAAAAAAAAAA